AUGGCCGAAGUUGUUGCAUCGGUGAUCGGCAUCACCACAUUCGGCGUGAAGCUGGUCGACACUCUCUAUGACUUCGGCUGCAAUGUCGCAUCUGCUCGAGAGCAGUCCUCACGCAUCGGCGAUCGUGUCAAUGACUAUGUCACCAUCCUUGACAUUCUGUCCGGCCUUCUAGAAGAUGAGGCCAGUCUAGUAUCCGCCAAGGCAGCGGCGAUGGUGAAGAAGUUGUGUGUCCAGUCAAACAAUCUGUUCCACGAUAUUGAUGAUCUGGUACCACGGACCAAAUUUGAUGGCACAGUCGCAUGGCUAGAUAGAAUCAAGUGGAAUUUCAGGAAACCCAAGACUGAAUGGCUGCUUGGACAGAUCGAGUAUAUCAAGACCAAUGUUCUACUCCUCGUUAUGACGACUAUAGUAGGGAAGCGAAUCCGAAAAAGGAGAGCGAAGAAGAAGUCGCAGCAACCAAGGGACGACCCUGACCUACAGCGGCAAACCCGACGCGCACAAAAUGUAAUUGUACAGCACAUCAACGCUGGUGAAAGGCUUGCGGCUCUGCAGAAAGAUCUGGAGCAGGCUGACACAGCCGAGACAAAGGUAGAGAAUGCUUCACAGGCUCUCGUGCAGUCAUCUGGCCAGUUGGCGGUAGUCCUGAUGUCUCGACAAGUCGAUGCCAUUGCUCGAUUCCAGAACUCCAUGGUUAGCUACUCUGACCCAGCUUCUCGUCAGGCAUAUGUCAUGGACAAGUCUCCUGCACUUCUGAGAGAUCUGCUGGGAGAAUGGACACUGUUAUCGGGAACGAGCACGCAGCAGAUGCCACGACUGAGACUCUCGCGGACACGACACCGGCAGCUGGCGAUAUUGGGCCCAGAUAUAGGGCUCGGGAGGGUGGUCUUGAGCCCUCAGCUAGCACUACUCCCCGUACACCAGAUUCGCGUGACGACAGUCCAGUGCAACGGACAGCCAGCUCACGGACUCAGCUGUUCGCGACCAAGCUGUCCAUACGGAGGAGCCGGCGGAACAGCAGCAGGCAGAAAAGACAAAGGCGGCUUGGGCAAGAGCGCGGGCUUCGGCAUCAGAGUGAAGAAGGAGGCGGAUAAGAAAGAUGCCUCAGAGGCAGCCAUGGAGCGCACAAAACUGGGAGAAAGGUCUGAGAAGGAGCGGAGGGCCGAGGCCGACAGACGACGGAGGUUAAGACACGCUCCUGAUGUCGACAAUGCCGAUCACGUCACCGGAUCACCAAAACCCGGCCAGGAGUGGUACUACAACGGACAUGAAGGUCUUCGCGGCCCGUCCGGCAAGAAUGCUGACUACGACAGCGGAGAUGAGAGUGACGACAGCCUCGCCCGUAAAUGGGCCGCUAAAUUUGAUAAAACCAGGCAGUACAUGGAAAAGGCUGCGCUAGGGGCUAGGUCUCGACCUAAGUUUGAGCGACACGAAUCAGGUUCGUAUUGGUCAAGUCACCACCGAAGUGGGAGUGACCCAGAUAAGUACGCCUCCUCGGCCAAAGAACGAAAGCGACGUAGGCACGAUGACUCUUGA